CUUAAACAGCGUUGCAGGAUUUUUUUUUCUCUGUUAGUAGUGUGUUGCGUCUGUCCAUAAUUUAUCGGGCAAACUGGUCGUUUUAAGUCCAUAGUCGGUGCCUUUAAGUUUGUAAUAUUUGGUUUUGUCAAAAUGUUUGAAUUGUAUGGGUCGUGGGCAUUUGUAUGCGGGGUUAUUUGGUCAUAUGCGGUGUACUCGGUGGAAUGUGAUGUCCAACUCUGUGUCCGGGGACAGCUUGAGGGUGCCCGUGGUUUUCCAGGAGUGAAGGGAUUAAAAGGGGAGCAAGGAAAGAUUGGACCUGUGGGACCAAUAGGGCCUCCUGGAGCACGCAGUGUAGAACCAGGACCAAAGGGGUCCCCAGGGGCUGUUGGACAGCCAGGCAAGCCAGGAUUACCAGGUGAUCCUGGGCGACCUGGGAAAGAGGGUGAUGCUGGAAAACGAGGAGAUAAGGGGGACAGGGGAGAGAAAGGCGACCAAGGAGAAGCUGGAAAAAUGGGGCCAGCUGGUCCAUCGGGUCCAAAGGGAGAUGAAAUAACAGGUCCACGAGGGGACAGAGGCUCUCCAGGGCUUGCAGGAGAGAAGGGAGAGCCUGGUGCAGCAGGACCAACAGGACCCAGAGGAGACCGGGGAGAGACUGGAACCAAAGGAGAGAAGGGUCUACCUGGUUCUCCAGGCACGACUGGAGAGAGAGGUCCACUUGGGGAAAAGGGUAACACAGGAGACAAAGGUGCUGCUGGCAUUAAAGGAGAAAGAGGAGCAGCUGGUGAACAAGGAGAGCCUGGAAAAGAUGGGGCACAGGGAUCUCCUGGGUCUAAAGGAGAUAAGGGAGAGAAGGGCGUAGGACAGUCAGGUCCUCCUGGUCUGGUCGGCCCUCCUGGUUUAAAGGGGGAUCCAGGCCUUCCUGGUGAAGCUGGUCCUCCAGGGCUCCAGGGGAAGACUGGUGAUCACGGGCUGCCUGGCCAGAGAGGAGAAACUGGACAACCAGGACCUCCAGGACAAGUGGGAGACAAGGGUCUUCUAGGCUUUCCAGGCCCUGCAGGAAAUGUUGGAGCUCCUGGACCUCCUGGAGAGGCCGGCAAGGACGGUCUUCCUGGAUUGAAUGGAGAGAAAGGGUCAACAGGUGACAGUGGGCCCAAAGGAGAAAAAGGGGUGAAGGGUCAAGAUGGAGCACAAGGGGAGCAGGGUGCCAAUGGUUUACCAGGAGAGAGCGGAGAAAAAGGGGAACAAGGAGAGAUUGGACCUGUGGGACCAAAGGGGCCUCCUGGAGCACGCAGUGUAGAACCAGGGCCAGAGGGGCCCCGAGGGCUUGCUGGAGAGCCAGGCAGUCAAGGAUUACCAGGUGUUGCUGGGGAACCUGGGAAAGAUGGUGAUGCUGGAAAACAAGGAAAUAAGGGGGACAGGGGAGAGAAAGGUGACCAAGGAGAAGCUGGAAAAAUGGGGCCAGCUGGUCCAUCGGGUCCAAAGGGAGAUGGAAUAACAGGUCCGCAAGGGGACAGAGGCCCCCCUGGUGAGGCAGGACAAACAGGACCCAGAGGAGACCGGGGUCUUCCUGGUUCUCCAGGCACGACUGGAGAGAGAGGUCCACUUGGGGAAAAGGGUAACACAGGAGACAAAGGUGCUGCUGGCAUUAAAGGAGAAAGAGGAGCAGCUGGUGAACAAGGAGAGCCAGGAGAAGACGGGGCACAGGGAUCUCCUGGGUCUAAAGGAGAUAAGGGAGAGAAGGGCGUAGGACAGUCAGGUCCUCCUGGUCUGGUCGGCAUUCGUGGUUUAAAGGGGGAUCCCGGCCUUCCUGGUGAAGCUGGUCCUCCAGGGCUCCAGGGGAAGACUGGUGAUCCCGGGCUGCCUGGCCAGAGAGGAGAAACUGGACAACCAGGACCUCCAGGACAAGUGGGAGAUAAGGGUCUUCAAGGCUUUCCAGGCCCUGCAGGAAAUGUUGGAGCUCCUGGACUUCCUGGAGAAGCAGGCUCUCCUGGUACAGACGGGGCCAAAGGAGACAAGGGGCAAGAUGGUGUUGGUGUCCCUGGUUCCAAAGGAGAGAGAGGAGAACAAGGGCCCAGAGGCGAGGACGGUCUUCCUGGAUCAGAUGGGGAGAAAGGGUCAACAGGUGACAGUGGGCCCAAAGGUGUGCUGGGAGAAAAAGGGGUGAAGGGUCAAGAUGGAGCACAAGGGGAGCAGGGUCUGAAAGGAGAGCCAGGAGAAAGAGGACUGACUGGAGCCCAGGGUGACCGUGGCCCUGAUGGACAGAGGGGUGCCAAUGGUUUACCAGGAGAGAGGGGAGAAAAAGGGGAACAAGGAGAGAUUGGACCUGUGGGACCAAAGGGGCCUCCUGGAGCACGCAGUGUAGAACCAGGGCCAGAGGGGCCCCGAGGGCUUGCUGGAGAGCCAGGCAGUCAAGGAUUACCAGGUGUUCCUGGGGAACCUGGGAAAGAUGGUGAUGCUGGAAAACAAGGAGUUAAGGGGGACAGGGGAGAGAAAGGUGACCAAGGAGAAGCUGGAAAAAUGGGGCCAGCUGGUCCAUCGGGUCCAAAGGGAGAUGGAAUAACAGGUCCGCAAGGGGACAGAGGCCCCCCUGGUGAGGCAGGACAAACAGGACCCAGAGGAGACCGGGGAGAGAAGGGCAUAGGACAGUCAGGUCCUCCUGGUCUGGUCGGCCCUCCUGGUUUAAAGGGGGAUCCAGGCCUUCCUGGUGAAGCUGGUCCUCCAGGGCUCCAGGGGAAGACUGGUGAUCCCGGGCUGCCUGGCCAGAGAGGAGAAACUGGACAACCAGGACCUCCAGGACAAGUGGGAGACAAGGGUCUUCCUGGUUCUCCAGGCACGACUGGAGAGAGAGGUCCACUUGGGGAAAAGGGUAACACAGGAGACAAAGGUGCUGCUGGCAUUAAAGGAGAAAGAGGAGCAGCUGGUGAACAAGGAGAGCCUGGAAAAGACGGGGCACAGGGAUCUCCUGGGUCUAAAGGAGAUAAGGGAGAGAAGGGCAUAGGACAGUCAGGUCCUCCUGGUCUGGUCGGCCCUCCUGGUUUAAAGGGGGAUCCAGGCCUUCCUGGUGAAGCUGGUCCUCCAGGGCUCCAGGGGAAGACUGGUGAUCACGGGCUGCCUGGCCAGAGAGGAGAAACUGGACAACCAGGACCUCCAGGACAAGUGGGAGAUAAGGGUCUUCCUGGUUCUCCAGGCACGACUGGAGAGAGAGGUCCACUUGGGGAAAAGGGUAACAGAGGAGACAAAGGUGCUGCUGGCAUUAAAGGAGAAAGAGGAGCAGCUGGUGAACAAGGAGAGCCUGGAAAAGACGGGGCACAGGGAUCUCCUGGGUCUAAAGGAGAUAAGGGACAGAAGGGCGUAGGACAGUCAGGUCCUCCUGGUCUGGUCGGCACUACUGGUUUAAAGGGGGAUCCAGGCCUUCCUGGUGAAGCUGGUCCUCCAGGGCUCCAGGGGAAGACUGGUGAUCGCGGGCUGCCUGGCCAGAGAGGAGAAACUGGACAACCAGGACCUCCAGGACAAGUGGGAGAUAAGGGUCUUCCUGGUUCUCCAGGCACGACUGGAGAGAGAGGUCCACUUGGGGAAAAGGGUAACACAGGAGACAAAGGUGCUGCUGGCAUUAAAGGAGAAAGAGGAGCAGCUGGUGAACAAGGAGAGCCUGGAAAAGAUGGCUCUCCUGGUACAGACGGGGCCAAAGGAGACAAGGGGCAAGAUGGUGUUGGUGUCCCUGGUUCCAAAGGAGAGAGAGGAGAACAAGGGCCCAGAGGCGAGGACGGUCUUCCUGGAUUGAAUGGAGAGAAAGGGCCAACAGGUCCCCCAGGGGUCCGUGGGCUUCAGGGAGAGAAGGGUGAAAUUGGACUGCGAGGUGACAAAGGAGAGAAGGGUCUGAGUGGAGAGCCAGGAGAAAGAUCCAUUGGCGUCCCAGGCACCCGAGGCCCUGGUGGACAGAAGGGUGACCGAGGAUCCAAGGGGGAAUGUGGAGACCCUGGACUCAAAGGCAAGCAGGGGGAACCUGGUAUUAAUGGACGACCAGGCAAAGCAGGACAACAAGGUAAACAGGGAGCUAUCGGACAUUUCGGUGUUCCUGGGAUCCCUGGAAAAGAGGGGCUAGUCGGCCCUAAGGGUGACCGUGGUUUUGACGGGAUUCCAGGACAGAGAGGACCUCAGGGAGAGAAAGGUGAAAGGGGUAUUGGUGUACCUGGCUCUCCUGGUCCCAGUGGAGUGCAGGGGCCCCCUGGCAAUCCUGGCCCUCUAGGACUAAUUGGUGCUAAAGGGCCUGAGGGGCUUCAAGGACAGAAGGGAGAGAGAGGGCCAAUCGGUCCCACCAUGAUUGGUCCACGUGGUAUCCCAGGUAUCCCGGGAGAGAGAGGAGAACCGGGAGAAGUGGGUCCAGAGGGAGCCAAGGGAGACAGAGGAGUACCAGGCAUGACAGAGGAUGAGAUCAGAGAGUAUGUUCGCUCAGAGAUGAGUCGGCUCCGUGGUGAGUCUUUCAUGCAGCCUGAAUUGCUAAUUUAUGACUACUGAGUACUAUGAGUACUCAGCCUCAGCUAAUCUCUAUAAAAGUGUAAUUCAAGAGUUGUAGAGGGCUACAGCAAUGCCAUGACUCUUUAAACUGACCUUUAUUAUUCCCUCUCUCUCUCUGCUUCCUUCCUGUCCAUCUGUCUGAU